AUGGAUUUGGUGUACAGCAACAGAAGUGAUGUGACGUCAGUGAAUGAAAGUUCAGCUUUGUAUAGAUCAUACUUUCCUUCUUGGGAAGACUUCAACAGCAGUAUAGAUGACAUCCGUUAUUUUGUGAUAGGGGUCUAUACAUUUGUAAGUCUUCUUGGGCUUCUUGGAAAUGUUCUCAUAUUAUUGGCCUUGAUCAGAAAGUGGAAAGAGAAGACGGUCAUGAACUUUCUGGUUGGCAACCUGGCCUUCUCAGACAUUCUUGUGGUGCUGUUUUGUUCACCAUUUACACUGACUUGUGUGUUACUGGACCACUGGAUUUUUGGAGAUAUCAUGUGUCAUAUUGUUCCAUUUCUUCAGUGUGUAUCUGUUAUGGUUUCAACACUUAUGUUGAUGUCCAUUGCCAUGGUUAGAUAUCACAUGAUAAGCCACCCUUUGUCUAGACAUUUGACAGUGAACACUGGAUACCUGCUGCUCGGAAUUAUUUGGACACUAGGCUUCUGCAUUUGCUCUCCUUUAUCUGUUUUUCACAAAACCAUAGAUCUCAAGGACACCUUUCACCUGGAUUCAUUGAAAAACAAGUUCUUGUGCAUUGAAUCAUGGCCAUCGGAUUCAUACAGAAUUGCGUUUACAAUCAGCUUGUUAUGUGUCCAGUAUAUUUUGCCAAUAGUUUGCCUCACAGUCAGCCAUGCAAGCGUUUGUAGAAGAGUCAGUUCCAGCAUUCCAAACCAGCAAGUCCAGCCAGAAGAAAACGAGAUGAUUCAUUUGACUCUCCAUCAGUCAGACCGGCAGAGCUGCUCCCCGCCCCAGCUCUCUAACUCUGAAAGAUGGAGAUUAUCUAUCUCAAGAAAGCAAAGGAAAAGAUACAACAAAAAGUGCUCCAGUGUGAUGCCAGUCACGUAUAACCAUAAUAAUAACUCUGGAGAGCUCCUGCAUCCAAAAAUCAAGGACCAACAUACACCACCCCCCAACAUACUCCUUCCUGGUGUCCCUGUGUGCUUUGAGCUGAAAGCGGAGGAGAACACGGAAUUGCAGAAAAUGCUCACGACUUCUAAAUCUAUUUCGAGGAUGAAGAAGAGAUCCAAAAAUGUUUUUUACAAGCUGACCAUUGUGAUCCUGGCUUUUGCCAUCAGCUGGAUGCCCCUUCACAUUUUCCACCUUGUCACCGACUUUGGCGCUGACCUCAUCUCCAGCAAACAUUUUAAGCUGGUGUAUUGCAUUUGCCAUUUGCUGGGGAUGCUGUCUUGCUGUUUAAAUCCAAUUCUGUAUGGGUUCUUAAAUAAUGGGAUAAAAGCGGAUUUGAUAUCUUUGAUUAAAUGUUUUUACACAUCCUGAAUGUCAUUAAGCAAUGUCACAUAUUAAGGUUGUGACUCAACCUUAACCUGCAGGCAGUCAUAUAAAGAUUUAUAUAAUCAGGGUCAAGAUGAGGAAGUACAU